AAGGUUUCACCCUAUUUCAACCCACCGAAAUAAGACAAUAAUCGACUUGUCUUUCCAUAGCACAACUCACCAGUGAGCAGUUUAGAAAUAUGGAUUUGAGGCAGACAAUAAAAACCUUGAUGAUGAUAAUUACAAAGGGAUAGGUGAAUGAUGUAGGUGCUGACUAGUUGAGGUGUGGUGGUAGCGAUGUACACAUACAUAGCCUAAACGCAUACUAUUACCUUGUCUCAUACACUGUUUCAGUUCCUCUUUUACGCUGGUGGGGUAAAGGCACAUUCCCGAAGUCUAAACAUUGGAGUUUUUAGAAAUUGGAAUGGGAGGGGGCUUGUCACGUGCCUUCAUUUCGAAGUUAGAAAAAAAAUUAAGGGGGAAGGGGCUGCGGAGGGGUACAUUGAGGACAUCGAUUUUUUUGCCAAGGCAUUGGUAUUUGUGGGGGAAUCCUUUUGACCGACUGUGGGGCUUAUGAAUAGGACAUUUGUUAUUUUGUAGAACCCCAUAAAUAUUUGAGCUCCAUCAAUUUGUUUGUUUUCUCUCAGUGCUUUAAAGUCUAAUUGUUGUGGACUAUUUUACUUAGCGGAAGCGUAGAGUUUUGGUUCAGGAGUGUUGUUUGGGUGUUAGGCUACUGAAUGAGUGCAGCACUGAAUUCGGGUGAUAUCAACGUAAGCCGGCGAGACGCCUUUCAUUGUACAUCGUAUUUUACUUUUGAGAGCUUUUUGGCCACUUUUAAUACAAGACAACAUUCAUUCCUACUCGUGUCCCCUUCCCCUUUCCUUUUCUCCGGACACUUGAAACACAGAAAGCCUAAAAAAUGGCUCAGAUACUGCCGAUACGAUUUCAGGAACAUCUGCAGCUGCAGAACCUAGGGGUGAAUCCGGCCAACAUCGGGUUCAGCUACCUGACCAUGGAGUCUGACAAAUUCAUCUGCAUCCGGGAGAAGGUGGGUGAGCAAAACCAGGUGGUGAUCAUAGACAUGGCUGACCCCAAUAACCCCAGCAGGCGACCCAUUUCUGCUGACAGCGCCAUUAUGAACCCUACAAGCAAGGUCAUCGCCCUGAAAGCUGCUAAGUGCCUGCAGAUCUUCAACAUUGAGAUGAAGAGUAAGAUGAAGGCUCACACCAUGACAGAGGAAGUCAUGUUCUGGAAGUGGAUCUCUGUCAACACCGUCGCCUUGGUGACUGAAGCGGCCGUCUACCAUUGGAGCAUGGAGGGGGACUCUCAGCCAAUCAAAGUGUUUGAUCGGCACGCCAGUCUGGCCGGUUGCCAGAUCAUAAACUACAGAACAGACGAACAGCAGAAGUGGCUUCUGCUUAUCGGUAUCUCGGCACAGCAAAACCGUGUGGUGGGGGCCAUGCAGCUGUACUCUGUGGACAGGAAGGUGUCCCAGCCCAUCGAGGGACAUGCUGCAGCCUUCGGAGAGUUUAAGGUGGAGGGCAACACCAAAGCCUCCACUCUCUUCUGCUUUGCUGUGCGCAGCCAGGCUGGUGGCAAGCUGCAUAUCAUAGAGGUGGGUCACCCGGCUACAGGGAACCAGCCAUUUACCAAGAAGGCGGUUGAUGUGUUCUUCCCUCCUGAGGCGCAGACAGACUUCCCCGUCGCCAUGCAGAUUGGCACCAAGCAUGGCGUGAUCUACCUGAUCACUAAGUAUGGCUACAUCCACCUGUAUGAUCUGGAGUCGGGAGUGUGUAUCUAUAUGAACCGCAUCAGCGCUGAGACCAUCUUCGUCACUGCCCCCCACGAACCCACCUCCGGCAUCAUCGGGGUUAACAAGAAGGGACAGGUGUUGUCAGUGUGUGUGGAGGAGGAGAACAUCGUUAACUAUGCCACCAACGUGCUGCAGAACCCAGACCUGGGCCUGAGGAUGGCCAUGCGUUCUAACCUGGCCGGGGCAGAUGAGUUGUUUGCCAGAAAGUUCAACACGCUGUUCGCCCAGGGUUCCUACUCCGAGGCUGCCAAGGUGGCUGCCUCCACACCAAAGGGUAUCCUGCGUACAGCGGAGACCAUCCGUAAGUUCCAGAGUGUGCCAGGCCAGCCGGGCCAGGCCUCUCCCCUGCUGCAGUACUUUGGCAUCCUGCUGGACCAGGGCCAGCUCAACAAGUUUGAGUCUCUGGAGCUGUGCAGGCCCGUGCUACAACAGGGACGCAAGCAGCUGCUGGAGAAGUGGCUGAAAGAGGAUAAGCUGGAGUGUUGUGAGGAGCUUGGUGACCUGGUUAAGGCAGUAGAUCCUACUCUGGCCCUCAGCGUCUACCUCAGGGCCAACGUACCCAGCAAGGUGAUCCAGUGCUUCGCUGAGACCGGACAGUUCCAGAAGAUAGUGCUUUACGCCAAGAAGGUGGGCUACUCUCCAGACUGGGUGUUUCUGUUGAGGAAUGUGAUGCGGGUCAGUCCAGAACAGGGUCUACAGUUCUCUCAGAUGCUGGUUGCAGAUGAGGAGCCCCUGGCCAACAUCAACCAGAUAGUGGAUGUGUUCAUGGAGGGCAGUCUGAUCCAGCAGUGUACCUCAUUCCUAUUGGACGCUCUGAAGAACAACCAGCCAGCCGAGGGACACCUACAGACACGCCUACUGGAAAUGAACCUCCUCCAUGCUCCCCAGGUGGCCGAUGCAAUCCUGGGAAACCAGAUGUUUAGUCACUAUGACCGAGCCCACAUCGCCCAGCUGUGUGAGAAGGCUGGGCUGCUGCAGAGGGCUCUAGAGCACUACACUGACCUGUUCGACAUCAAAAGGACUCUCGUACACACACACCUGCUCAACCCUGAGUGGCUGCUGAACUUCUUUGGCGCCCUGUCAGUAGAGGACUCGAUAGAGUGUCUUCGGGCCAUGUUAUCAGCCAACAUCCGACAGAACCUUCAGCUGUGUGUCCAGGUGGCAUCUAAAUACCACGAACAGCUGGGAACAAAUGCCCUGGUGGAUCUCUUCGAGUCCUUCAAGAGCUUUGAGGGUGUGUUCUACUUCCUGGGUUCCAUAGUGAACUUUAGCCAGGACCCCGACGUUCAUUUUAAAUACAUCCAGGCGGCCUGUAAGACCGGACAGAUCAAGGAGGUGGAACGCAUCUGUAGAGAGAGCAACUGUUACGACCCGGACAGGGUCAAGAACUUCCUCAAGGAGGCUAAACUGACAGACCAGCUGCCUCUGAUCAUAGUGUGUGACCGCUUUGACUUUGUCCAUGACCUGGUUCUCUACCUCUACCGCAACACUCUGCAGAAGUACAUUGAGAUCUAUGUUCAGAAGGUGAACCCUAGCCGGCUGCCGGUGGUGAUAGGAGGUCUGUUGGAUGUAGACUGUGCUGAAGAUGUCAUUAAGAACCUGAUCUUGGUGGUGAGAGGACAGUUCUCCACAGACGAGCUGGUGGCAGAGGUGGAGAAGAGGAACAGACUGAAGCUGUUGUUGCCGUGGCUGGAGUCUCGUAUCCACGAGGGCUGUGAGGAGCCGGCUACUCACAAUGCCUUGGCUAAGAUCUACAUAGACAGUAACAACAACCCGGAGCGCUUCCUGAAGGAGAACACCUUCUACGACAGCACUGUAGUGGGGAAGUAUUGUGAGAAGAGAGACCCCCACCUCGCCUGUGUCGCCUAUGAGAGGGGCCAGUGUGACCUGGACCUUAUCAAGGUGUGCAAUGAGAACUCCCUGUUCAAGAGUGAGGCUCGCUACCUGGUCAGACGGAAAGACCCAGAACUAUGGGCCAAUGUUCUAGAGGAGAACAACCCUUCUAGACGCCAACUCAUAGACCAGGUGGUGCAGACAGCUCUGUCAGAGACCCAGGACCCAGAGGAGGUAUCGGUGACUGUCAAGGCCUUUAUGACAGCUGACCUGCCCAAUGAGCUCAUCGAACUACUGGAGAAGAUUGUACUGGACAACUCCGUCUUCAGCGAGCACCGAAACCUCCAGAACCUGUUGAUCCUGACGGCCAUCAAGGCAGACCGGACACGUGUGAUGGAGUACAUCAACCGCCUAGACAACUACGACGCCCCAGACAUCGCUAACAUCGCCAUCAGCAACGAGCUCUUCGAGGAGGCCUUCGCCAUCUUCAAAAAGUUUGCCGUUAACACCUCCGCCAUUCAGGUUCUGAUCGAGCAUAUCAGUAACCUGGACAGAGCCUAUGAGUUUGCAGAGCGGUGUAAUGAGGCUGCUGUAUGGAGUCAGCUGGCCAGAGCCCAGCUCCAGAGAGACCUGGUUAAAGAAGCCAUCGACUCCUACAUCAAAGCUGACGACCCGUCAGCCUACAUGGAGGUGGUCAGCGCGGCCAGCAAGAACGAUAACUGGGAGGAUCUGGUGAAGUUCCUUCAGAUGGCUCGUAAGAAGGCCCGGGAGUCCUACGUAGAGACAGAACUCAUCUUUGCUCUGGCUAAAACUGGCAGACUGGCCGAACUAGAUGAGUUUGUUAACGGCCCUAACAAUGCCCAUAUACAACAGGUGGGAGAUAGGUGUUUUGAGGAGGGCAUGUAUGAUGCUGCCAAGCUGCUGUAUAAUAAUGUGUCCAACUUUGCCCGCCUGGCGUCCACGCUGGUCCACUUAGGAGAGUACCAAGCUGCUGUGGACAGCGCCAGGAAAGCCAACAGCACACGCACCUGGAAGGAGGUGUGUUUUGCGUGUGUGGCUGGGGAGGAGUUUCGGUUGGCUCAGAUCUGUGGUCUUCACAUCGUCAUCCACGCUGAUGAACUGGAGGAGCUCAUCAGUGACUAUCAGGACCGGGGCUAUUAUGAGGAGCUGAUAGCCCUGUUGGAGGCAGCAUUGGGUUUGGAGCGCGCUCACAUGGGCAUGUUCACAGAGCUGGCCAUCCUCUACUCCAAAUUCAAACCCCAGAAGAUGAGAGAACAUCUGGAACUCUUCUGGUCCCGUGUCAACAUCCCUAAGGUGCUGCGAGCGGCGGAGCAGUGCCACCUGUGGGCGGAGCUAGUGUUUCUGUAUGAUAAAUACGAGGAGUAUGACAAUGCUGUCCUCACGAUGAUGUCACACCCUACUGACGCAUGGAAGGAGGUGCAGUUCAAGGACAUCAUCGCCAAGGUGGCCAAUGUGGAGCUGUACUACAAAUCCCUUUCCUUUUACCUGGAUUACAAACCUCUGCUGACAAACGACCUUCUAACCAUACUGUCACCACGGUUAGACCACAGCCGGGCGGUCACAUACUUCACCAAGAUGAACCAGUUGAAGUUGGUAAAGCCUUACCUGCGGUCAGUCCAGAGUCACAACAACAAGGGAGUCAACGAUGCCCUCAAUAACCUACUGACAGAGGAGGAGGACUACCAGGGUCUGAGGGCAUCGAUCGAUGCGUAUGGUAACUUUGACACCAUUGUUCUGGCCCAGAGACUGGAGAAGCAUGAGCUGAUUGAGUUCAGACGCAUAGCAGCAUACCUCUACAAAGGCAACAACCGCUGGAGACAGAGCGUGGAACUCUGCAAGAAGGACAAAUUAUACAAGGAUGCAAUGCUGUAUGCUGCCGAGUCUAAGGAUGCAGAGUUGGCUGAGACCCUGCUGCAGUGGUUCCUGGAGGAGGGUAGGAAGGAGUGUUUCGCUGCCUGUCUGUUUGCCUCCUAUGACCUGCUGCACCCUGAUGUGGUGCUGGAGCUGGCCUGGAGACACAACAUCAUGGACUCUGCCAUGCCAUACUUCAUCCAGGUCAUGAGGGAGUAUCUCACCAAGGUGGACAAACUGGAGGAGUCAGAAAGCCAAAGGAAGACUGAGGAAAAAGUCCCAGAACCCACCCCCAUAGUGUUUGGUCAACAGCUGAUGUUGACAGCAGGUUCCGCUCCAGUGGCUCCCCAGCCAGGAUAUCCAGGAGGCUAUGGAUACACUGCUCCAGGCUACCCCACCCAGCCCCCCUACAGCUACAACAUGUAGACCACCUCUACCCCACCCAGCCCCCUACAGCUACAACAUGUAGACCACCUCUACCCCACCCAGCCCCCUACAGCUACAACAUGUUAGACCACCUCUACCCCACCCAGCCCCCUACGGCUACAACAUGUAGACCACCUCUACCCCACCCAGCCCCCUACGGCUACAACAUGUAGACCACCUCUACCCCACCCAGCCCCCUACGGCUACAACAUGUAGACCACCUCUACCCCACCCAGCCCCCUAAGGCUACAACAUGUAGACCACCUCUACCCCACCCAGCCCCCUACGGCUACUACAUGUAGACCACCUCUACCCCACCCAGCCCCUCUACGGCUACUACAUGUAGACCACCUCUACCCCACCCAGCCCCUCUACGGCUACUACAUGUAGACCACCUCUACCCCACCCAGCCCCCCUACGGCUACAACAUGGGUCCAUGCAUCUCAAAUGGCACACUAUUCCCUGUUUUGUGCACGACUUUUGACCAGGGCCAAUAGUGCUCCAGUCAGAAGUAGUGUCCUAUAUAGGCUUUAAGGUGUUCAUUUGGGUUGCAGAUCAUGUAGAGCAUAAGGCCCCAGUAACCCCACAUCCCAACCCCUCUUACACAACCUGAAUCACACUUACACUACACGGGGAUCAAAUACAUUACAGAUGCAGCUUGCUUAUGGAUUCCCUGCCUUGAAACCCCUAAUACACAAUCUCUCUACUCUGUGAGACACCUAGUCCACCUCUGGACACUCCAAACCUCAACCCCACCACCACCACACCCAACUCAACCAAAAAGACCUCUUUGCUCCCAUCUCCUCUCACUCCCCACCUCCUCUUGCUCCCCCUCCCUCUCCAAUGGACUAGAGCAAGGCUAACUGACCCCUCUACUUAGGCUGGCCUGACGAGCCCCCCCAUUCACCACUGCACAGCAUGGCGACAGCUCUUAGCUCCUAGAGAAAAUAGCUAACAGGUAAAAGCUAACGUACAGUACACCACUCUGUCCAGGUAUAUUCUAUCACUGUUCCAUAGACUGUAUCAACCAUAGAGCAGCUUUUUAAAAUAUUUGUAUUUCUAGAGAUGAUAAUAGAGUACUGGUAGUGGAGACUUUUACUGAGGAGCCAGAGAGGGAGUGGGUGAAGGGCUCAUCACGCAGUGCCCCUGCCCUCUGAGCACAGCUUGGCCUUGUACAGGAGGUGUCAACUUUGAGUCAUUUUUCAAGUUUGUUUCACGACUCUCUCCUACGUUUUGGUUCACCACUCUCUCUCCUACGUUUGGUUCACCACUCUCUCUCCUACGUUUGGUUCACCACUCUCUCUCCUACGUUUGGUUCACCACUCUCUCUCCUACGUUUGGUUCACCACUCUCUCUCCUACGUUUGGUUCUCUCUCCUACGUUUGGUUCUCUCUCCUACGUUUGGUUCUCUCUCCUACGUUUGGUUCUUGACUGUUUCUGUUCAAUAGUUUUUGUUUGUCCAUCUGAACAGGUACUAUGUGUUGAAGACACAACACUAUACAGUACUAUGGACUAGGAACACUAGUUAUUGGGAUUAUGGUGUACUUUUACUGUGUGUAGUUUAUCAAGCAUGUAGGGAUAUGUUGACAACACCAAGACUGGGAAGGUUUGCAUUGAUUCUCCUCUCCAAAUGCUCAUGUGCUAGCUGAUAAUAUCUAGGUCAACAUGGACGUUUGGGUCUCUCCACUUAACACUGUGAUGUAUGGUACACGAUCCCACAGCUCUGGAGUUGAUGAUGAUGUGAAACAUAACUGCUAUAUGCUGAUGUCUGUGCAUGUGCUGCCAAACAUAUAAUGCUGUAACAAUGCAACCAGGAGCACAAUGUCCAUGUUAUGCAUUUAAUAACAAGUAUUACCUAUGUUGUGUUCAAGGCUGAACACAUGUAUUUUGAAGCCUUUACUGUCCCACCACGGACACCAACUAACAGGAGUGUGAAGGAAGUCCAAUAUUACACAAAGGAGAAUAAAAACAUAAGAGGGAAUAGAACUCCUGUAUAUCCCUGUGCCAGUGGUCCAGAGUUAUUUAAUGUACUGAAGAAACAUUGUAAAAUUGAUGAUAUGUUGUGAUGUGACUUAAAUAAAGAAGUUCAGUAUGAUAGAAUACCAUACAGUAUGUAUGCAUUGUCUAUAGUGUAUUGUUGUAGUUGGUCAUAAACAUGAUACUUAAAAAUGACAAUAUACAAAAAGAGCAGAAUACAAACAUUAAACUCUUCAGAACGAUUGCUUGCAGCAGCCAUCAUUCUAGGGUUUGUUUUCUUCCUGUUCAAGUAGCACAUGUCUAGUGAGAAUAUUCUGGAAAACUACCGCCAUGGUUUAUGGGUAAAUCUGGCCUCAUGCAUCCGGAGCUGUGCCACGAUAUUGUACAAAUGUUGGCUUGAGGUUUGUAGAAAACACUGAAAUCUGACCUGUGUACACCCAUUACUCUCUGUUCAAGACCAGGGUUCUCAAGGAUAAUAAAGUUUACACACACAUUA